AUGGCAAGGGACAUAAGGAGAAGAGAAGAAGGCGAGGGUUUGGGUGGGGUGAAAGAAGCUGCCAAAUGGAGAAAUUUGUGGAAUUUAAACAUAUCAGGGGCUACAAAACAUUUCUUAUGGAGGGCAUGCACCAAUUCUCUUCCUACAAAUGCCUUGCUCCUUAAGAAAAAAGUUGGGAAAGAUGAUAUGUGCCCGAUUUGCAAGUCUGAAAGUGAGACAAUUUUACAUGCUUUAUGGCAAUGCACAGCUGUGAAUGAUGUAUGGGCCUGUAAGGGGAGUGGUGUACAGAAGUGGAGUGUUAUGGUAGUGGAUUUUAUGGAUCUAUGGGAUAGGCUCUGUAUGAAAAUGAACUCUGGACUGUUAGAGGAAGUGGCGAUGAUUCUCAAGGGUAUUUGGAAUAGAAGAAAUAAAUAUGUUUUUGAAAAUGUUUUUUCUAGUCCUGCACAGGUUUAUGAAGGGGCCAUUCAUUCCUUGGAUGGGUUUAGAAAUGCUUUGAAGUGUAAGAAAGCUAACUCAAGUGGUGGGUGCCCUGUUUCUGUCAUUAAACAGUGGAAGAAACCUGAAGAUGGUUGGUUGAAAGCUAAUUUUGAUGCGGCAAUAGAUGAGCAAAAUGGUAUUGUUGGACUGUGGAUUAUCAUCAGAAACAAUAAAAGGGAGGUCAUGGCCGCUUAUAGUGAACCACAGAGAAUGAAAACCAAAGCAGUGGUAGUUGAAGCCAUUGCCCUGAGAAGAACAAUUGAAGUCUGUAAAGAGAUGGGUUUUAACAAAGUGAUUUUUGAAGGUGAUGCACUUGUAAUAAUUAAUACUGUGAAAGAGAAUGUGAUGUGCUGGACAUGGUAUGGACAGGUGGUGGAAGAUGUGAAGAGUAGCUUGAAAGAGUUGUUGCACUGGAAGAUUCUAUUUGUUCGAAGAGAUGGCAAUAUGAUUGCUCAUAGGUUGGCAAAGUUUGCUUUAAACAUAGGAAAAUUAACAUGUUGGAUAGAAGAAUGUCCUGUUUUUAUCUCAAGUUUGAUUGCUUUUGAUAUGGCUUGUAAUGACUGA